AUUAGACAAAGGCUGAUUUAACAGGGGAAGAUGGUGAGAAGCACCACCCUCAUUAAAUGUGGCUGUUAGAGGUGCUUCUAAUGAAAUUAAAUUUGUGGUAGUUGUUUGCAUCAUAAAAUAGCAUGUGUGUGUGCAUGUAUGCAUUUGCACAUAUGUAAGUUCUGUGAUUUUUGUGGGUAUUUUUUUAAGAAGAGAAGAAAACAUCAAAAAAAGUAAAUACCAAAAAUUUUUUUUUUUUGAAUGAACGAAUGAAUGCUUAAGAAAUCAAGAGUGGAAGCCACGGAGGAGGGCAAGACAGAUUCAAGGAGUGGGAAGCAGGAGUUCUCCCAGUCACACAGCCAUGCGUCCCCUUCAGUGGGGGCUCCUGCUCGGCUGCCUGGGCUCUUGUCUCUGGCCCGGAGCCUGGGCCCAGUUCCCCCGGGUCUGCAUGACCUUAGACAGCCUGAGGGGCAAGGAGUGCUGCCCACCCCUAGGUGUGGAGCCCACCAAUGUCUGUGGCUCCCAGGAUGGCCGGGGCCAGUGCUUAGAGGUGCGAGCAGACAGCAGGCCCUGGAGUGGCCCUUACGUCCUGCGCAACCGGGAUGAUCGUGAGCAGUGGCCAAGGAAGUUCUUCCACAGGACCUGCAAGUGCACAGGAAACUUUGCUGGCUAUCACUGUGGAGACUGCCGGUUUGGCUGGACUGGCCCCAACUGUGAUCAGAAGAAACCACCUGUUGUCCGGCAGAACAUCCAUUCCCUGACUCCACAGGAGAGGGAGCAGUUCCUGGGCGCCUUAGACCUCGCCAAGAAGACCACACACCCCGACUAUGUGAUCACCACGCAGCACUGGCUGGGCCUGCUCGGGCCUCAGGGGACCCAGCCACAGAUCGCCAACUGCAGCAUUUAUGAUUUUUUUGUAUGGCUCCAUUAUUAUUCUGUGAGAGAUACAUUACUAGGACCGGGACGCCCCUACAAGGCCGUAGAUUUCUCACACCAAGGCCCUGCUUUUGUGACCUGGCACAGGUAUCAUUUGUUGUGGCUGGAAAGAGACCUCCAGCGCCUCACUGGUAAUGAGUCCUUUGCUUUGCCCUACUGGAAUUUUGCCACUGGGAGGAACGAGUGUGAUGUGUGCACUGACCAGCUUCUCGGGGCAGCCAGACAAGAUGACCCAACUCUGAUUAGUCAGAACUCAAGAUUCUCCAGCUGGGAAAUUGUCUGUGACAGCUUGGAUGACUACAACCAGCGAGUCACCCUGUGUAAUGGAACCUAUGAAGGUUUGCUGAGAAGAAAUCAAAUGGGAAGAAACAGGGAGAAGUUGCCAACCUUAAAAGAUGUCCAAGAUUGUCUGUCCCUCCAGAAGUUUGACAACCCUCCUUUUUUCCAGAAUUCUACCUUCAGCUUCAGGAAUGCCUUGGAAGGGUUUGAUAAGGCGGAUGGGACGCUGGGCUCUCAAGUGGCAAGCCUUCAUAAUUUGGUUCACUCCUUCCUGAAUGGGACAAGUGCUUUGCCACAUUCAGCUGCCAACGAUCCUGUUUUUGUGGUCCUUCAUUCCUUCACCGAUAGCAUCUUUGAGGAGUGGAUGAAGAGAUACAAGCCUGCUGCAGAUGCCUGGCCUCAGGAGUUGGCACCCAUAGGCCACAAUCGGAUGUAUAACAUGGUCCCUUUCUUCCCUCCUGUGACUAAUGAGGAGCUCUUCCUAACCGCAGACCAACUUGGCUACAGUUACGCUAUUGAUCUGCCAGUUUCAGUUGAAGAAACUCCAAGUUGGAUCACAACACUCUCAGUGGUGAUGGGAAUACUUGUGGCUUUGGUUGGUCUUUUCAUGCUGCUGAUUUUCCUUCAGUACAGAAGGCUCCGAAAAGGAUACACACCCCUCAUGGAGACUCAUUUAAGCAACAAGAGAUACACAAAAGAAGCCGAGAGAGUUCAGGCCUAGAGACGAGCCAGCCAAACUGAGUUCUGACCUGGAGAAUAACUAACCUAUCCUACGUUUCUUCCUUUAGAUCUUCGGUAUAGGUUCUUUUAUUGAAACGAUGAUCCAAACACAGAAGGUGCUUAGCUGUUGUUUCUGGUUUGCUUGUUUAACAAACUCAAACUAAAAGUGUUUGGGGCUACCUCUAACAUCACAUUAAGGGACAUUAAGUUUGCAGUAUCUGAUAAGAAUUUCCCAUGGUGAUGAAACCUUUCACUGUUCUGAAGGCAAAAAAAAAGAAAGGAAGGAAGAGAGAGAGAGAGAGA